AUGGCCCUCAAGUGGAGCAACGGCAAGGGCAGGGACAAGCUCCACGCCGACGCUGCCCAGUACAUCAAGGGCAAGAUCAACGAGCUCCUCCUCACAGAGGACGAGAUUGCGGCCGGCAAGACGGAGAAGGAGAGCAAGUUUCUCUUCUGCUACAAGGCUUUGCAAGCACCAUGA